UGACGUAUUUCCUGUAUUGUCUGCGACUGUCUGUCGCCGAACCCGCCCAAGUUCGAAAAAAAGAAACAUGUCGGGGAGAAGAGCACUUUGCAAAGAUUCAAACGUGACAUAUGAAGUCACCGUCAACGAUGGAGUUUAUGCUGACUCAACCAUCAUUAAGGACAACUCUAAACAAGGGAAGUUCGUAGAAGACGAUGAUAGCGACCCACCGGUCGUCUUUUUCUGCGGGAGUUGCAAGUUGCCUGUCGGUGACUCGCUGUCUUGGGCUGGGAGUGAGGACGAAAAAAAUCAAAUACUGCUGAAACGUGUCAGUGACAAUGUUUUGGUUGGCAAAGAAACUCACUUCUCCGGUACCUGUAAGAAGGAUCUAGGCUGCCUGAAAGUCCAUCUGACCUGUCGUGGCUGCAGCUCUCUGCUUGGCAUCGUCUACAUCUCUACACCCAGGAAACUGGACCACAUCAGGUCUCUGUUCUGCCUCAAUGUGUCUGCCAUAGAGAGCUAUGUCCUGGGGUCUUCCAGUCAGCAGGUGGCAGCAGUGAGCCCCAAGCAGCAGCCGGUCACUCUGGAGUACAGACAGGCUGUAGAGCGACAACUGGAUGAGAUUAAGGCGGUGACUCUGUCUAUGGGGCAGAGGUUGUUGGUGCUGGAGGGUGACCAGCAGAGUAAAAGUCAGAUGUGAUGAUGCAUCUUGACAGUGAUGGACCACACUACGUCAUGGGGGGGGGGGGGGCCCUGUGAGGUCUCACAUACACACACACACACACACACACAGUACUAAGUAACUCAACCCUCCCUCCCCAUUUCUACCUAAAUCCCACUUUGCCCCCCCCUUUGUUAGUUCUGAUGGGGAACAAACAGCCACAACCUGUUUGUUCCACAAGGUUUAAACACCUCUAGCACA